AUGGCUGAUGGAAGCCAUUAUCUAAAAAUUAAUGAAGAUUUCUGCUGCCGGUUCAACUUAAGCGUCAGAAGCAGAAGCUAUGAUGGUUUACAGGUUACACUCCCCAGCAACAACAACGCCAACAGCAACCAUGGCAACCUCUACAGCACUUCAUCAAGUAGUAGCUACCAUACAAGCCCACAAUACAACCAUACCGACAACAGCAUGUAUUUCUUUGAUCAUUACCUGGGAACUAACCUUACCUGGGAAGAAGUCCGGAGGCUGACUAGUGGAUUGACAGGUGAGGUCAUCGCUUAUUGCGACCUCAGUAAUGGCGUUCAGGAGAGAAACUUAUCAGAAGAAAACGUAUCGCUGAUCUCCCAGGAGGAUUAUCUGGCCUACACGCUAGGGCCCAGGCAUAUUAGCGCGGCAGCUUUGGUAAUACUCACGUUUCUGUACAUUGUGAUCUUUCUGACCGGAGUUUUGGGCAAUCUGUGCACCUGCGUAGUGAUUACCAGAAACAGGUGCCUACACACGGCCACCAAUUAUUAUCUCUUCAGCCUGGCUAUAUCCGAUGUGUUGACUUUACUGUUGGGUAA